CAAGUGCCAGAUCAAAUGAGACGGACUGAGCGAUCAGCCUCGUCUCUGCAGAGCUGCAUCAGAGAGGGCUUCUGGGCACGCAGAAUGGACGCGCUCACCCACAGUCCAAACAACGCUACUCGUGCUGACGCUGGCAUGGCAUCUGCAUCCAUGGCAACAGCAUUGGCCCUGCUUCUUCUCUUGGCUGUCCUGUCCAGCUUCAUGAGUUCAACAGAGCGCUCUGUUCCAGGGCCAUACUUCUGUCUGGGAAUGGGUCCUCUUGCUACCUACACACACUUCCUGUGGGCGGGCAUUGGAACGGCCAGUAACUACUACAGCCGUCGCUAUGGCAGCACGGCGCGCGUCUGGAUCCAGGGCAGGGAGACGCUCAUCUUCAGCAGGUCCUCUGCCGUGUAUCAUGUCCUGAGGAGCCCCAAUUACACAGCCAGGUUUGGCAGUCGCCCGGGUCUGCAGUGUAUUGGCAUGCAUGAGAGAGGGGUCAUCUUCAACAGCAACGUGGAGCUCUGGAGGAAGGUCCGCACCUACUUUGCCAAAGCGCUGUCGGGCCCAGGCCUGCAGAAGACAGCGGGAGUGUGUGUGAGCGCCACCACCAGGCAGCUGGACCAGCUGAGUGACCUCUGCGACCCCUCGGGUCACGUGGACGUGCUGAACCUGCUGCGCUCUAUCGUGCUGGACGUCUCCAAUCGCCUCUUCCUGGGUGUGCCACUUAACGAGAGGGAGCUGCUGGGGAGGAUCCAGCGCUACUUCGACACCUGGCAGGCCGUGCUCAUCAAGCCCGACAUCUUCUUCAAGCUGGACUGGAUGUGGAGGAAGCACCAACAGGCAGCUCAGGAGCUCCAGGUUGCCAUAGAGAGCCUGGUGGAGAAGAAGAGACAGCUGAUCGUUCAGGCUGAACAGCUGAAGGACUCGGACUUCACAACGGAUCUGAUAUUUGCUCAGAACCACGGGGAGCUAAGUGCAGACGAUGUGAGGCAGUGUGUUCUGGAGAUGGUGAUCGCGGCUCCUGACACUCUCUCGGUCAGCUUGUUCUUCAUGCUGAUGAUGCUCAAGCAGAACCCAGCGAUGGAGGAGAAGAUCAUGCAGGAGGUCGACUCCGUCACGGGGGGCCGUGCGGUGCGGAACGCUGACAUGCAAGCGCUGUCCACUCUGGAGAGCUUCAUCAACGAGGCGCUGCGCUUCCACCCAGUGGUGGACUUCAUCAUGAGGAGGGCGCAGGAAGAUGACAUCAUCGACGGCUACAGGGUGCCCAAGGGCACCAACAUCAUCCUGAACAUCGGAUGCAUGCACCGAUCCGAGUUCUUCCCCAAACCUCAGGAGUUCAGCUUGGACAACUUUGAGAGAAAUGUGCCGAGCCGCUUUUUCCAGCCGUUUGGCUGCGGCCCGCGUGCUUGCGUGGGCAAGCACAUCUCCAUGGUGAUGAUGAAGGCCAUCCUGGCGACGCUGCUGGGCCGCUACAGCGUGAGCCCUCGCCACGGCUGCACCUUCACCAGCAUCCGCCAGACCAACAACCUGUCACAGCAUCCAGUGGAGGAGGACGACCGCCUCGCCAUGCGCUUUAUCACACGCAGAACAAGCGCCUAGAGCCCUCACACACACACACACACACACACGCACGUUAUUUUCAUUAUUCAGACGAGGUUCCUUACACAGAGCAAUGCUGAGGCUGCUGGCAUGUUUGGGGGGAAAAGUUUCCACUUUGGUGGAAUUUGUUGCCUACAACUAGAACAUAAAAGUAGACUAGUGUGUGUGAUACUUAUAACACAAUAAACAUAAUUAUAACUAAUGUCUAAAUGUUGAACACAGAGGUAGCACUGUGUUCUCUCUGGAAGGCUAGAUUUGCUCCAUUGUACAGCUGUUUCAUAAUGCUACUGGUCUUUUUUUUUACAACAAAAUAAAGUUAAAAAGGUCUUUU